AUGGAAGCAACCAUCAAAGUAGUGUUACUGGGGGAUUCAUCGGUGGGGAAGACCAGCAUAGUAACUAGGCUUAAAUCAGGUAAGUUUCCUGAAAAGCAUGCGGCCACCAUAGGUGCAGCGUUCGUCACCAAGACGAUUGAAGUUUCUACUAGCGACACAUCAAUGGAGAAACGUAUUCAUAUGGAAAUCUGGGACACGGCAGGUCAGGAACGCUAUAAAUCACUCGUACCGAUGUAUUACCGGGAUGCCAAUAUUGCCCUGCUUGUUUUUGAAUUAAACAAUGCGGCCAGUCUUCAGUGUGCACUGACAUGGUUCCAAGAUUUACAGGACCGUGCGCAAGAAACGCAGGUUAUUCUGGUGGGCAAUAAACAAGAUUUGGUCAGUGAAGAGCAAUCUAGCAAAGUGGAAAUACCGGUAGAGUUGCAAGGUGUACCGUAUGUUCCCGUCAGCGCUAAGACCGGAUACAAUUUUGAUGCCUUGAAUGAAAUAAUAAUCAGUUUGGUUCCUGGUGACCAAUUCAAGACAUCGAAGGACAAUGAACAAGGAAAUAAAGUAGAGUUAAAUAAUAAGAGCAGCCGUAGUGGUUGCAUAUGUUGA